AUGGUUUUUGCAACUUGUCGAUCGGCCAAUCUACGCCUGAAGCAUAAGAAGUGCAAGUUUGCUCGUCGUUCGGUGGAAUACCUAGGUCAUGUGGUAUCGGAUCAACGUUUAUUGCCAUCACCCCACAACACCAAGAAGCUAGAAGACAUGGCUAUCCCUACCAACAUUGAAGGCGUUCGAUCAUUUUUGGGCAUGGCCAAUUAUUACAAGCGUUUCGUUCCCGAAUUUGCAGAGACGGCUGCACCCAUUAUUCGCUUAUUACGCAAGGACAAUCCUUUUGAAUGGAAUCAAGAACAGGAUGCUGCUUUCUAUGCUAUCAAGAUCGCUCUUACCUCUCCUCCACUUUUGGCCUUUCCGGAUCAACAACAAGUCCAAAUAUUGACCACGGAUGCAUCUGGAAUUGCCUUAGGAGCGGUUCUUUCGCAAUCACCUCAAGGUACAUCGGAUAAGGAGACCGUCAUUGCCUAUGAGAGUCGCAUCCUUCGAGGUCCAGAGCUUCGGUACUCAGCUGUUCAUCAAGAAGCACUUGCUGUGGUGUGGGCUGUACAUAAGUUUCGGCAUUAUUUGGCGGGUCGACAUUUCAUUUUGCGAACAGACAAUGCUGCAUUGACUUAUGUAUUCUCGAAUCUCAAUCGCCCAUCACCAAAGUUACAAUGUUGGUCAGCUGCAUUGAUGGAGUACGACUUUGAAGUUGAACAUCACCCUGGUCGUCUUAACCCUGCUGAUGCGUUAUCGAGAUUAGUUCACCCUCCUGAUUUCCCAUAA